ACUUGUUCAUUUGAUUGACAUUUAAUGUCGUUUAAAUUACAUAAACUGGAAGAAAAUCCGUUAACCAGUAUAAUACUACAGUCUAUGGCGAAAACAUAAGAAUAAGAUUCACACAGAAUGGUGAUUUCGCUGACAACUUUGCUGGUGGUCUUCAUUUGUACUGUCGUGUUUGAAUGUUACCAAUGGGACACUUUUGCGAAACAGAACAAGCCAAACAUCCAAGCACUUGAUUUUGCAGAACUGAUGCAGAUAAAUAGAGAUUUAUACAGACCGGAAAAUGAGCAGAAUAAUUUGGAGGAUACAAAUGACCUUCUAGCACGACAAUCUGAUGAACGUCCAGUUGUUGAAACACGUUUUACAAGCCCUUCUGAAAAUCCGACUGUUUAUUUAAAUUCUUUCUAUUCUAAAAAAAGGCAGAUGACUGGAGAAAUAACUGAUGAUCUACAAAAACGUCAACCUGCUAAACAUCUAGACGCUAAUUCACGUGCGUAUUCAGCUUCCGGUAAAUAUAGACAAAGGAAAGAGAAACCUUAUAGACAGAAUGAUUUUUAUUCAUUUCCUCCUAUCGAGUCAAAUAUAUGGGACAAUAAGAAUAGACAAAAACGGCGCAAGCGCUCUGCGUUCAAUAUAAAUGAACUGGUAGCUAAUCUUAAAAAGCUGAAACAGCAGUCAUCGCAAAAGAGACCUUCAACUUCAAAUCAGUCUGAUGCGCAGAAAGAAAGAGAUGGAAAAACUAUUUCCCUGUUUGGAGCAAAUAUGCCAGUUCCAGGUGACAGCUUCCGUCAUGGACUUCGCUUUGAUAUGCCAAAUAGUAAUUCUCUCAGCAGUGACAGAUGUUCAAAUACCUCUUCGUUCUUUCCAAAGACAUUUGGUGGAAAGACUGCCGGGAUGCUUUCUGAAAUCUUGAAAGAUUGGUACCGAAAACAUUGCAAGACAGAGACCAAUCAGAUUUGCGAUGAAAACAAUCGUUACGCCUCAGCAGAUGGUUCUUGCAAUAAUUUAGAUCAUCCAUCUUGGGGAGUGGCUAACCGUAACCAAGGGAGAUAUAUCCCAGCAGAGUACAAUGAUGGAUUGAAUGAGCCACGAAUUUAUGGAAAAUAUGAUACCAAGCUACCAGAGCCACGAGUUAUAAGUAAUAUGCUGUUCAGACCACAAAAAUCCACGAAACUCUCGCAGGAUCUCACGAUACUUCAUAUGGCAUGGGGACAGUUUAUGAUACAUGAUGUAAUAAAGACGCCAAUCACAAAAGGGGUUAAAGGUUCAGAUAUACAAUGUUGUGGUGCUAAUACUGGAAACAGUCCCGAUUGCUUCAGUUUAGCAAUUCCACCAAAUGAUCCUCACUUCAACAAAGAAAGUCGAUGUCUGAACUUUGUCAGAUCGCUUCCAGGAAAACCAGACAACGAUAUGCCAGGUAUACGAGAACAAAUAAAUGAAAUAACAUCAUUUUUGGAUGGUUCUGCUAUAUAUGGCUCUAGUGAAGAACAGAUGAAAGAUUUGAAGAUGGGUUAUAAAGGACUGUUAGCAACAAGAGAGUGUACAUUUUCAAAGAAAGUCUCAAAUUUUAUGGGAAAACCCACCAUUGAAACAGAGGGUUGUAGGUCUUUACCAAAAGGACCUGACACGCCUUGCUUGAAGCUUUCCAAGGGAGAUUACUAUGAAUACUGUCAAAAAGCAGGCGACAGGCGAGUUAAUGUUAUCCCUAAUCUGUGCGCUUUACACAACCUUUUAGUUAGAUAUCACAACAAAAUUGCUGAAAGGCUUGCGCAAGUAAAUUUCAUAUUAUGGUCUUCAGAUCAAUUAUUUGAAGAGACAAGAAAAAUUGUCACCGCUAUUUUACAACAUACUACAUAUAACGAAUAUUUACCAUUGGUAAUUGGUAACAGGAACAUGAUCAGAUACGAACUUUUUUCUGCGGAGACCGGUUUUGAUACUGUUUACAACAAAAUGGUGGAUGCAACAGUCAAAAAUAGUUUUGAAGCAGCUGCUUUCAGAUUUGGACAUUCUCAAAUUACUAAUUUCCAAUCUAGGAUGAACUCUCAAUACAACCGUUACUCAGAAACACCAAUUGAACAGACAUACAAGAAACCUAGAAUGUGCACAGCACAACGCGGGAAAAAUAUUCCUGAUCUGCUAAGAUGGAUGUUUACUGACAGAUCUGCAGAGGCUGACAGAUAUUUUGAAUCUGGAGUGAGGGAUAAAUUAUUUUCUAAUCAACAAGGGAAAAGUUUAGAUUUACCUGCUAUGAACAUUCAGCGAGGACGAGACCAUGGACUUCCUGGAUACAACGCUUUCCGAAGAUGGUGCAAUCUUGCUGUUGGCUACAGUUUUGGGAGAAGAAAUAUAUGGUCACUCUCCGACCAUUCUUAUUCAAACACACGACUUUUAAGGAAAAUAUACAGACAUCCCGAUGAUAUUGACCUUUAUGUUGGCGGUAUAUCUGAAAAUCACGUGCCAGAUGGAGCUGUUGGGCCAACUUUUGCGUGCAUCAUUGGUCAGCAAUUUAGAGAUAUUAAAUUUGGAGACCGGUUUUGGUAUGAAAAUAACUUUACAAUAACAGGGUUUACUUUGGACCAAGUGAACGAGAUAAAAAAGGUGAAAUUAUCUCAGAUUAUCUGCGAAGGAAGUGAUGUGAAUAGUGUCCAGGAAAACGCACUUAAAGCACCGUCAUUCGAGAAUCCUCGGCGAGAAUGCAGUGGUUUUCCCGACAUCGACUUGAACAAAUGGAAAGUACCUGUUAGUGGAGACACCUUCACUCUAUUUGGAAAGACAUAUCAAAAGAAUGGUGGCACAUAUGUGAACCUUGGGGAUAUGAAAAACUUUCUGAUUCCGAAAAACAUUUUGGGAUUAGAUAAUGAAUAAGAACGGUUUAUUUUGUUUUUGUUUUAUAUAUUCUAUGAUAUUGAAGAAUAUUUUCUCGUAGUUUUAGAAUAUUUAAAUUUUCUUAACACGAUUGUAAACAUUAUAAGACAAACGGUAUGGUAAGCCGUUUUUUCUUCAUUGGAAUUCAAUAAUUUUAAAAAUCAGAUGAUAUUCCACAUUAAAAGGGGAUGAUAUAUUUAGAUUUGUCAUUCGUAGAAGAAAAAACUGCAAAAUCCCGCCAGAUUGCGUAAUUUUUUUUAUCUUAGUCCAUGAUUAAUUUGAUAUUAGCAACCACAAUAUAUAAUUUAAACAUCUUGAUAUAAAAUAUUCUGAUUUGAUAAGACUGUUGCUCUAUCUCUGAAAUGUCGGUUAUGAAUAUGUGUAUAUAAAAAUAAGAAGAUGUGGUAUGAUUGCCAAUGAGACAACUCUCCACACUAUAGGUCACCGUGCGGCCUUCAACAAUUAGUAAAACCCAUACCGCAUAGUCAGCUAUAAAAGGCCCCGAAAUGACAAAUGUAAACAACUCAAACGAGAAAACUAACUCUGUAAAAAAUAAUGAACGAAAAACAAAUACGAUAUACAGCAACAAACCACUGAAUUACAGGCUCCAGACUUGGGACAGGCACAUACAGAAUGUGGCGGGGUUUAUCUGACUAGUUUGUUGGCGCCAAACUCUGCCCCUAACCUGGGACAGUGGUGUAAUGGUACAACAUAAGAACAAACUACGCAAAACAACAAAUGAAAAACGAACAUGAGAAACAGCAAAAAACGACAACCACUCAAUUACAGGCUCCUUACUUGGGACAGGCACAUAUAGAAUGUGGCAGGGUUAAACUAGUUUGAAGGCGCCAACCCUCCCCUAACCUAGGACAGUGGUGUAAGAGUACAACAUAAGAACAAACUAUAAAAAUCAGUUGAAAUAGGCUUAAAUCAUCAGAGGGAUACAAAGGAGAAAUACAUCUAACAAAACAACGAGUGGAAGUGGCAGGGUACUUAUACAUCCCCACAACAAAAAGACUCUAAGUACAGAUCUGAGAGUACUCGCAGUUACUGACAGCUAGUUCAAAGCCAAUAACAACUAAUAAA